AUGGCUGAUAAGGAAGAGACGGGGAAUGGCGAGCAGGAUGACGUCUCGUUCUUGAGAACGGGGGACAUUGUUGCAAUGUCUUGUUUGGCUUCGGCGAAUCGGGAAGGCGUAUUGGGUUCUGAACGAGUGUGUCUAUGCACUGAAGGGUUCGGAAAUCGGAUGUGUUCAUUAGAGAAUGUUUCUGACAGGGACUUGCCGCCAGAUAUCGCAAUGUGUAUGUUGUAUAUCGAAAACGCCUUAUCGAUGCGAGCGCUGCAGGAAAUGAUGAGCGCAGAUAACGAACUUAAGGGUACUGGAACAGGUGGGGGGCAUAAAACACUGCUCUAUGGUCAUGCAGUGCAGCUGAAGCACGUUCAGAGCGAGAUGUAUUUAGCGUGCCUCUCAUCUUGUUCUUCAAAUGACAAGUUAGCAUUUGAUGUUGGAGUACAAGAGACUAAUGAAGGUGAAGCCUGUUGGUGGACUAUUCAUCCAGCGUCAAAACAGAGAUCAGAAGGUGAAAAAGUCAGGACUUGUUUUAGCACUGCUUAUGUUGUAGGAUACCUUUUUGGAAAUGAUGUGCUAAGGCUUUUUCAUGGGAACGAUGAGGUGCUAACUAUUCCUGAAAAUUGGAGCGAGCACCCGCAACACAAUGUCGUAAUUUAUGAGGGUGGCUCUGCAGUAGCACAAGCCAGGUCUUUAUGGAGAAUUGAGCUUAUCAGGUUCAAGUAUCAAGGUGCUCUUGUCGGUUGGGAACAACCCUUUCGAAUUCGACAUAUAACUUCGGGCCGGUAUUUGGGGGUUCAAGAGAAUGCUGUUCAGCUUUAUCAUAAGGACAAAGCAGAUUUUGACUUAACCGCAUUUGUCAUGUGUCAAAACAAAGAUCCUAAAAAACAAAUGCUGGAAGAAAAGGAAGAGGAAGGUAUGGGUACAGCAACAAUUAGAUAUGGUGAAACCGAUGCUUUCAUACAGCAUAUCAAAACUCAAUUGUGGUUGUCAUACCAGAUAUCAGAAGUAACUAAAAAGGGAUUGGGAAAGGUUGAGGAAAAGAAAGCCGUAGCAUUAAAGGACGGACAUAUGGAUGAUUGUUAUGCUUUUUUCAUGGCGCUCGAAGAGGAAUCUAAUGCAGCACGAGUUAUUAGAAAAUGUUCUGCAGUACUGAAUCGCUUCCUCAAAGGCAUUGAGGCCUUGCAAAGAGAUGGUGCAGGAGCACAGGAAUGGUCGAAAGUAGACUUAAAAGAGGUUUUAAAACUAAUGGAAGACCUUAUUGAGUACUUCGCACAGCCUGCAGAAUCAGAUGGUUUCUUAAGUUUUGAAGAGAAACAAAAUAGAUUGCGAGCAUUGCGUAGCCGGCAAGACCUUUUUCAGGAAGAAGGCGUACUUAAUAUGAUUUUGGACACAAUUGAUAAAUUUUCACAAAUGGAAGCGUUACCCGACUUUGCUGGCUUGAUAGGUGACAAUAUUCAGGUAAUCUGGGAUGAAAUUUCUACUUAUUUAUACUUACUAGUUGCUGCGAUGAUUAAAGGGAACCAUUACAACUGUGCUCAGUUCGCAUCAGUCCAACGUUUGGCGUGGCUUUUUGGAAGGCUUUCAAACCCCCAGUCAUCUGAAGGCAUUCUGGAUGUGCUUUACUGUGUCCUCACUGAAUCUCCAGAAGCAUUAAACAUGGUAAACGAAGGCCAUAUUAAGUCGGUAAUCUCUCUCCUCGAAAAAGUCGGUCGGGACCCGAAGGUUUUGGAUGUUCUUUCUUCUCUUUGCGAAGGUAACGGCAUGGCCGUACGGAGCAGUCAGAAUACAAUAACGGAACAUCUUUUACCAGGAAAAGACCUUUUGUUACAGACCAAAAUGACAGAUCACCAAAACGUUCAUUUUAGUAUGAUGCCAAAUAUCAUGGUUGGCGUUGUUGAAGGCAGCUCGCAAUAUCGCAAAUGGUAUUUUGAAGCUGAAGUGGAGCAUAUUGAGAAAAUGACUGCUACUGAUCCAUACCUUCGUGUUGGGUGGGGUAAUACGGUUGGAUAUAAACCAUUUCCCGGAUCUGGCGACGGUUGGGGAUGUAACGGCGUUGGGGAUGAUUUUUUUUCAUACGGUUUCGAUGGACAUUCUCUUUACUGCGCCGGGAAAGGUAAGACAGUUGGAACUCGCGUGUUCCAAAAAGGCGAUACAGUUGGUUGUAUUUUGGACUUGAAUGUUCCUGAAAUGCAGUUCAGUUUAAAUGGAAAAGUUUUUUCGGCCUGUUUCAAAGAUUUUAACAUCGAUGGAUUUUUUUUCCCUGUGAUGUCUCUGUCUGCGAAAGUCAGCUGUCGUUUCCUUUUCGGAGGCUCUGAAGGGCGCUUAAAAUACGGACCUCCAGUAGGGUUCAGCCCUGUUGUUGAAGCUGUAAACGGAAAGCUAGCCAUCGCAGAAUGCAUAUCUUUCGGGGAAUUGGCUAAAAGCGUUUACUGUGGACCAACAACAUUGUUGUAUAAUAUGGAACCAUUUGUACCGAAACCUGUAGAUAUAUCAAAUGUUAUCCUACCUCAUUUUGCUAUGGAAGUUCACGAAAGACUUGCAAGAAACUUGCACGAGUUAUGGGCUAUGCGAAAAAUAGAAUUAGGAUGGAGCUUAGGAGAGAAACGCGAUGAGCGAAAUCGUCGCCAUCCUUGCCUAACCAGUUUUGAGCACUUACCAGCCACAGAGAGGACUUACAACAUUAAUUUGGCGAUUGAUACGAUGAAGACUAUUGAUGCUUUGGGAUACCAUAUGAUAUUUGAUAAACCACCUGUCCGAGUCCGACCUAUUCGUUUGCCCCAGAACUAUCAGCAAAGUAAUGGAUAUAAACCAGAACCGCUAGACGCUCAUGAAAUAACAUUGGGUGACGAAGUGAUGCCGUUGGUGGACGCUCUCGCCAAAAAUACUCACAACGUUUGGGCUAAGGAGAAAAUCCGUCGAGGGUGGACUUUUGGCCUGAAUGAGUAUGUUGACAGUACACAAAAGCGUAGCCCUCACCUCGUUCCUUAUGAAAGUGUUGACCCUUUAAUCAAGGAGGCCAAUCGCCAAUCCGCCAUAGAGUUCAUUAAGGCUUUACAGCUUCACAGCAUAUUUCUUGAGCCUCCAGUUCAUGAGCAUGACGAGGGAGCCGAAAAAGAGCUUCAGGCUGUUCGUGCUCCAUCUAGAACAUAUCGCGCGGAAGCGACAUACGCUGUAACUAGUGGAAAGUGGUAUUAUGAGUUUGAAGUUUUAACUCCUGGAUUUAUGAAAAUAGGGUGGAUGGACAUCAGUAGUGGGCCAGAUGUUGACUUAGGCGACGACGAUCGCUCUUACGGGUUUGAUGGAUACCUAGUUAGAAAGUGGCACCAAGGCGCUGAAGCUUACGGAAGGGAAUGGAAAACUGGUGAUAUUAUAGGCAGCUUCUUAGACCUCAAUGAUCGAACUAUCUCGUUCUCCUUGAAUGGCGAAUUACUUCUGGAUCCAUCAGGUUCUGAAAUGGCAUUUGAUAAUGUUAUUGCCGGAGACGGAUUCGUACCUGCGAUGACUUUAACUCAAGGGCAAAAAGCUAAACUGAAUUUUGGACAGGACUCGAAUACUUUAAAGUUUUUCACCACAUGCGGCUUACAAGAAGGAUAUGAGCCGUUUUGCGUAAACAUGUAUCGCCAGAUGCCUAUGUGGUUUGGAAAACAUCUCUCUUUGUUUAACGACUUUGGUCCAAAUUCGUCUUUAGAAGUUUCAAGAAUUCCAGCUACUGGGAACAGUCCUCCGUGUCUGAAACUAACACAGAAAAUCAAUCCUGGUGAAACGGCAACGCAGGAGAAAGCAAAAAUGGAGUACAUAAGACUUUCAAUGCCGGUGCAGUGUAACACAGCUUUUGUUAGAGGGAGGUAUGUUAAAUUAUUAAUUCAUUAUUGCUGCUUCUUUAUUGUCCACCUAAUUUUCGGGUGGCUCUAUGAGAACUUUUCAGAGAGAAAAAAUAAACAUUACAGAGACAAGGAAACUCCUUUACGUUUAAUACGUGAACAUCAACUAAAAAAGGAGGCGGCUCAAACUCCUCCUAAACCAAUAAUAGUACCAAGAGAACCGGAAACAAUAAAGAGUAACAGGAGGUUUGGGAGGUCAAUUCUAUCCGCUUUCAAACAUAGUACUGAUGAAGAUGAGCCGUACCAGAAGUCUCCGUCUUUAAAUGAAGCUUCACUUGAUCGCUUAAGCAGGGAACACGAUAUUGCAGCUGACGAACGCCGUAGCAUUCGAGAAAAAUCUGUCCCUCCGAAAAGGACCGGACUAAUGGCGAGAUUUCAGAGGAAGAAAGAUUCUCUUCCCUCUGAACUAAACAUGUCUGAAGACACAAAUCUUCCACACGCUGCGCGAACUAUUAUUUCAUACGAUGGAAGUUCUGUAGAUAAUGAAGCUCACUCUCCUUCUCUUACACCGGACGGCUACUUUGACAAAGAAGCACGAAGAGAUCCAAAUGGUGUUUUAGUUGACAAUCGGCGACCGUCGCUACUUGCACUGGACUCAACUGCCGUUGUACAAGGCAAUAUACCGGAAGAUGACACUAAAGCAUUAACAGAGCUUGCCGAUCAGGUUUCGUUUUCAGACAUAAACGAGUUUUACUAUGGAGUACGAAUUUUUCCUGGGCAAGAUCCAGCUCAGGUGUGGAUUGGUUGGGUAACUCCAAAGUACCAUUUCUAUUCCAACCAAUUCGCAGUUAACGAGGUGGUGCGAAGAUGUCGUGUAGAGGUUAGAGGGCAGGGAGAAAAUUUGUCCGAAAGUCAUGAAUACCGGAACUGCUAUAUCAUGAAUGCCGCCGAACUUUUGCAAAAAAUUCCUGAUGCUGCAAACACGAAGGUGUCUGGAUUACUAAUAGGAUGUAUUAUUGAUACAAACAUUGGGGAGCUUUCCUUUUUGGCAGCAGGGCAGGAUACUACAGUCAGAUUCAAGCUCGAGGCUGGUGCAAUUUUAUAUCCAUCUGUAUUUGUAACACCAACAAGUUCUGAGGUGCUACAGUUUGAACUAGGAAGGUUAAAGUACACUUUCCCGAUCUCAUCUGUAAUAUUCAAGUCUAUUCGGAAAAGUGUCGUGCCAUACUGUCCGCCUCGCCUUACCGUAGAAACUCUACAUCCUGUUCACUGGGGACGUGUUCCACAGGAGUGCUUGAGAACUACAGCUCUUAAACUAUCAGACGCACGAGGCUGGUCUGUGCUUUGUGAUGAUCCUAUCAGGAUAAUGUCGAUUUAUGUUCCUGAAAAAGGGAUGAGUUAUGAUAUAUUGGAGAUGAUUGAGCAUCCGGACUACCUUGCCUUUCAUAGACAAACUUUAAAUCUUUAUUGCAAACUGGCAGCGCAUGGUAAUCAAAAAGUAGCACAUACUCUGUGCUCCCACGUGAAUGAAGAUCAAAUCGUAUACGCUGUAAAAAGCCAAUACUUAUCCGGUCCCUUACGUCAAGGAUUUUAUGACUUUGUGAUUGGAAUUCAUUUAAAAUCUCAUGUCGACGCUCGACUUUUUGCGAGGCAGGAGUAUGUAGUUCCGUUGGUAAAAGAAUUAGAGGCUAAAAAGUCGUUUUUUGAACCUCAUAUUGAAGACCGGUACCCUCAAAUAUGUGGUGCUACAAUAUCUCUGCGUCCGAUGCUGUGCUCGAGUGAUUUCACAAUUAUUUUAUUGAAUUUCAGUAAAGAAGUUGAUCUAAAUUUGCGCUCACCGUCUUUUAAUUUUCAAUCGCUGAAGGCUCACGUUAUUUAUGCAUUAAGAAAUGCUACUAGGAAUGCGGUUAUGAACUGUCGAGAUCUGAUUGGUGGUAGCAACCUCACUCAUUUUGAGCCUCUCUUAAAAUUAUUUAAUUCCUUGCUAGUGGUAGGCCUCAUCGAAGAUGACGAUUUAAGAGAAGUGUUGAAAUUACUGCAUCCAGCUGCUUUUGAUGAAGAUUACGAGCCUGGUUCCACUCAGAAGGGCUUAACUGAAAUUGAUCUUGCCGAAGGUGUGAAGAUACAACUGGUUGAUAUACUAGAUAAUCUUUGCGACAUUCAGUUGAGACACCGUAUUGAAGCUCUAGUAGCUUUUUCUGAGGGAUUUGUUGGAGAGCUUCAGCAAGAUCAGUGCAGAAGGUAUAUGGAUAUCAAGCAAACUGAUAUGCCUCCAGCAGAGGCAGCCAGACGAACUAAAGAAUUUCGUUGUCCUCCUAGAGAACAAAUGUUUCGUCUGCUAAAAUGCAGAGCUGCUGACGUUAACGAUAAUCUUCUGUUAGAUGACGAAGUUGAAUACGAUCAAUGCCCGAUGGAUGAAGGUCUUCAGAUGGGUCUAAGGGAAUUUUGUCAGUUAUUGGUGGACAAAGUUGGCUGCGUCAAGGAAGGAGAACAUAUAGCUGACCUUGUUCCCAUGGAAGAUGACAAUUCUUGGUUAGACGUAGUGGCACAAUUCUUAAUCAAAGUCCCACCUGCUCCUGCCUUAAUUGACGACAGGACGUUGCGCAAUGGUUCAGAGAAUUUUAGACGAAUGAUUACCGACAUGCUGGGAAAUUGGGCGCUUUCCUCAACUAUCGAAAGCCAUGAGUUGAUUCGGAAAAUGUUUGGUUUGGUACUACGACAAUUUUCUGGUGUUACAGAGCUAAUGAAUGCUAUGGCUCAAACGUAUGUCCUACACGAACGCAACGUGGACGAUGUGAUUGAUUUUAUCGAAUAUCUUGUACAAGUGAGGGAACUUCUCAUGGUCCAAUUUGAGAGCGCUGAGGAAGCAAUUUUAAAGCGCGGACUGUGGUAUUUUUUGCUGAUGAUUAGUAGACUAGUUCGUUCUGGUGUAAUGAAGGUUCUUCGCUUUAUUAUUAUUUUAACUGCUACCUUACAUAAGAAGAAACUUAUGAACAAUCGAAUUUUCUUCCAACAUCCUGACCUAAUGCGCUUAUUGAAUGUUCAUAAAGACAUUAUGUCCAUAAUGAUGAAUAUUUUGACUGCACAGCAAGGCACUGUUGAACACAGUGAACAUGAAAAUGGCGAAGAAGUUACGUCUGUUCAACCGGUUAAGGUUCGUACUGACUCGUUGCAUAAGUUUUCCUCUUUUUCGGUUUUCGGUAGGCCGUAA